ACGGAUUCUGAACACGUAGUAACAUUUAUUUUUCAUGCGAUCGGCUUCCACUCGGCAGCAGCAUCAGCACGUCGACGCGCAAAACCGAGCGGGCAUACGGCGGGAGCGCGCAUCACCACCGCGGCGCGCAUGCACAGCUGUCAGGACCAAGGACAGCAGCCGCUGAGCCCGGAUUGACCAGCCAGCGACGCAUCGGGGCUGAUCGGUGCCCCCAACGCGCGCGCCGCAGCGGCUGGAGGAAGCGAUACACGACCCCAUGUGAGAGGAAGGCGCCUGGAAGGCGAGAAAAUGGUGUUGCUCCUUCAUCAAAACCGUCGGGAGGUUUGAACAAAUUCUGCAGAGGAGCGCAAAAAACGGAUCCACCUUUUUUUCUCGGCCUCCCUCCCUCCCCCAAGCCGCCCACCUGGAUCGCGCCUGCAGUCGAGCGUCCAACUGGCGGAGCCGCGCUGCAUUCCAGAAGCGGGUCGAGCCGACCCGCCACCGGGAGGAAGAGCGACCGGGCUGCACCGUGCCGCUUGGUGGCCCACACGAUGCGUCUGCUACUGCUGGCGGUGCUCCUCUCGUGCUCCUGCGCGCGGGCCGGCUGCGAGCCGAAAAUCGUGAACAUCGGCGCCGUGCUCAGCCAGAAGAGAUACGAGCAAGUCUUCAAAGAUGCGGUGACCCAAGCCAACCAGGUCUACGGCAGGGAUAAAUUCAAGCUGACCGCCAUCUCCGUAACGCACAAACCCAACGCCAUCCAGAUGGCUCUCUCCGUCUGCGAGGACCUCAUCUCCAGUCAGGUCUACGCUAUUCUGGUGAGUCACCCUCCACAGUCCAAUGACCACCUCACUCCAACGCCCGUCUCAUACACUGCAGGCUUCUACCGCAUCCCCGUGGUGGGGCUCACCACCCGCAUGUCCAUCUACUCGGACAAGAGCAUCCACCUGUCCUUCCUGCGGACGGUCCCUCCCUAUUCCCACCAGGCGCACGUGUGGUUCGACUUGAUGCGCGAGUUCAACUGGAACCACAUCAUCUUGAUAGUGAGCGACGACCACGAGGGGCGUGCCGCCCAGAAGAGGCUCGAGACCCUCUUGGAGGAGAGGGAAACAAAGAAUAAAAAAAGGAACUAUGAAAACCUCGACCAACUGUCCUAUGACAACAAGCGAGGACCAAAGGCAGAGAAAGUCCUCCAGUUCAGCCAGGAGACUAACUUAACUGCCCUGCUGCUGGAGGCCAAAGAGCUGGAGGCCCGAGUCAUCAUCCUGUCUGCCAGUGAGGAGGACGCUGCCGCUGUGUACAAGGCCGCCCGCUUCCUCAACAUGACGGGCUCGGGCUACGUGUGGCUGGUGGGCGAGCGGGAGAUGUCCGGUAAAGCCCUGAGCGAGGCGCCAGACGGUCUGAUCGGCCUCCAGCUCAUCAAUGGGAAGAAUGAGUCAGCCCAUAUCAAUGAUGCGGUGGCUGUGGUGGCUCAGUCUAUCCAGGAGCUGUUUGAGAAGGAGAACAUCACAGAACCCCCGAGAGGAUGUGUGGGCAACACCAACAUCUGGAAAACAGGGCCGCUCUUUAAACGGGUGCUGAUGUCGUCCAAAUACCCAGAGGGCCUCACAGGACGCGUGGAGUUCAAUGAUGACGGAGACAGGAAGUACGCCCAUUACAGUAUACUCAACUACCAGAAGAGUCGACUCAUUCAAGUCGGCAUAUACAAUGGAACGCAGGUGGUGAUGAACAAUCAGCGGAAGAUCAUCUGGCCCGGAGGAGAGACGGAGAAACCGCAGGGCUUCCAGAUGUCCACUCGAUUAAAGAUAGUGACGAUACACCAGGAGCCAUUUGUGUAUGUGAAACCCACUCAGCUGGACGGAACAUGCAAGGAGGAAAUGACUUUAAAUGGAGUCUUAAUUAAAAAGGUUAUCUGCACUGGGCCCAAUGAGACCAUCCCAGGUAACCUAUCAGGACGUCCAAUUGUUCCCCAAUGUUGUUACGGAUUCUGUAUUGAUCUCCUCAUCAAGCUGGCUAUGACCAUGAACUUCACCUAUGAGGUGCAUCUGGUGGCUGAUGGGAAAUUCGGAACUCAGGAGCGGGUGAACAACAGUAACAAGAAAGAGUGGAAUGGCAUGAUGGGAGAGCUCCUGGGGGGCCUGGCUGACAUGAUUGUAGCACCACUGACUAUAAACAACGAACGAGCCCAGUACAUCGAGUUCUCCAAACCCUUUAAAUAUCAAGGCCUCACCAUCCUUGUUAAAAAGGAAAUCCCUCGCAGUACGCUGGACUCGUUCAUGCAGCCGUUCCAAAGCACGCUGUGGCUGCUGGUGGGUCUUUCGGUACAUGUGGUGGCGGUGAUGCUUUACCUACUAGACCGGUUCAGCCCGUUUGGAAGAUUUAAAGUAAACAGUGAAGAGGAAGAAGAAGAUGCCCUCACCCUAUCCUCUGCUAUGUGGUUCUCCUGGGGAGUGUUACUGAAUUCUGGAAUAGGAGAAGGUGCGCCGCGCAGCUUCUCAGCGAGAAUCCUGGGUAUGGUGUGGGCCGGGUUUGCCAUGAUCAUUGUGGCCUCUUAUACUGCCAACCUGGCUGCCUUCCUGGUGUUGGACCGGCCUGAGGAGCGCAUCACCGGCAUCAACGACCCGAGGCUGAGAAACCCAUCCGACAAGUUCAUCUACGCCACGGUGAAGCAGAGCUCCGUGGACAUCUACUUCCGGCGGCAGGUGGAGCUUAGCACCAUGUACCGCCACAUGGAGAAGCACAACUAUGAGAGUGCCGCCGAGGCUAUCCAGGCCGUUCGCGACAACAAGCUGCAUGCUUUCAUCUGGGACUCUGCGGUGCUGGAGUUUGAAGCCUCGCAGAAGUGCGACCUGGUGACCACGGGAGAGCUGUUUUUCCGCUCGGGCUUUGGCAUUGGCAUGCGCAAGGACAGCCCCUGGAAACAGAAUGUGUCCCUGGCCAUUCUCAGUUCUCAUGAGAACGGCUUCAUGGAAGACCUAGAUAAAACCUGGGUGAGAUACCAGGAGUGUGACUCACGGAGCAAUGCCCCAGCCACACUCACCUUUGAAAACAUGGCAGGAGUAUUCAUGCUUGUGGCAGGAGGAAUAGCCGCAGGGAUCUUCCUAAUCUUCAUUGAAAUCGCCUAUAAGCGGCAUAAAGACGCCCGCAGGAAGCAGAUGCAGCUCGCCUUUGCGGCGGUCAAUGUUUGGAGGAAGAACCUGCAGGACACUACGGAGGCCUCUGGAAGUCAAGCUGUGGCUGGGACGCCCUCAUUACCCUCUUCCUCUCUAGAGACUCAGGAUGAUAGGAAAAGUGGUAGAGCAGACCCCGACCCCCAAAAGAAAGCCUCUUUUAGGUCCAUCAGUACCACCCUGGCCUCCAGCAUCAAGAGACGUAGGUCCUCCAAAGACACGCAGUACCCACCCACUGACAUCACGGGCCAACUAAACUUGUCUGACCCGUCUGUCAGUACUGUGGUAUAAAAGAGAGGGAAGCGCCGAGGGUCCGCUCCCCGGGGAGAGAGGAACGCGAGGCGAGACGAGGAAAGGAGGAAGUGGACGGGGAGAGGGAAGGAGACCCCAUCUCCUCGUUCCCUUCGCCGCCGAAGGCGGAGCACUCAUUUCACCGCCUGCUGACGGAGCUUUGAGAAGAUACGGCUUGCUGAAGAAGUGUCGGAAAACACUGGACUUGCACCUUUUUUUCAAAGUCGGGGUUACCUGGCCUUAGAUGUUUGUAGGGUCCCUGAGCAUGCACAAAAGAACCCACCCACCACACAUAUACAACCUUUUCCUUCUGUAUACUAUCAGCAAACCUAUUUAACCUUGUUUUUGACCUUUUACUCACAGAACUUUACUUAAUGUUUGAUGUUUACUACUUUGACAUUUCCUGACCAGCUCUAUAAGUUUAGCAAGCCAGGUUUAGUUUAGUACAUUUAAGGAUUAACCCGUUUUAGUGCAAGUAGUGCACUAAACAUAUCACUUAUUAGGGGUUAGAUACCAUGGUAAUAUCUGGUUUAUACUGCAAUGCAAGACGUACUGUGAGCUUCAGCGGGUUUCGGGUAGUUUUUAAUGGGCACUACCUGCUUUUAGUUACAUUUCCAAAGGUUUUUAGAAGGUGUUUCUGUCAUUGAGAAACACUGCUGAUGGCACUUAUGAUAUGACUCAUCCUGUCCAUGGAAGAUGAUGGAGGCAUGUGUUUGCUUGUAUGUGAAUAAGAGCUUUAUGUAUCUGAAUGGCAAAACAGAUACCCGAGGCUAACUACCAGAUUCGGUAGUUGUUUAAAUCGUGUCUUUUUUUCUUUUCAUUUUGUACCAAUCUGCUGUAUGCAAAUGUUUUGUUGUUACUUCUCACAGAACUCAGUUUCUUCAAGAAUAUCUGUUACGCUUUACCACUAUUUGUAGAAAGACUUGAAUAUGUGAAAUCACAGAAGCAAGGCUGGUGUUUAUACGUCCAAACAGGGACCGAUGUCACCUUGGGGGAUUCCCUCUCUCCUCCUCUCCUGCCGCAGCAGUCUUUCUCAUUUCCGGUCCAAAGGGGGCUGCAUCAAAGGGCCAACUUUUUCUCCCAGCCUUCACUUGGCCUUUCGCGCAAAACCUCGUCCCAUGCGCAGCGCUGGUGAGCUUUUACACGAAGGAGCCCGAGUGAAUUGAAAGCCUGGCCCAGCUGGAGAGCUCGCGUGCCGGUCUUGGUUGGUGUCAAAAAACGGCCUUUUCCCCGUCUUCUGGAGCUGAGAAACCACUGCUGUUCGUUAAAAAAAACGGUGACAUUGUGUCCGGCCUCUGGCACUUGAUGCCGAGGCGUCUCCCAAACUGUAAAAUAAAGAUAUUCACCCACCAAGAAACUAGAACAGAACCACUGUAACAUCAGUCAGGCAAACCGACUUACAUGUUUUGAUUUUUUUUUUCUUUUACUUUUUCACUUUAUUUGAAAAGCAUUAAGUCUUUAUAAGAGAAGUAAUCACACUUUGUAAUAAUAACACAAACUGUAUUUAUGUUCUAAACCUGAACCGAGGGUUUGCUUCUGAUCCUGUAUCACUCCGCCCUCUGCAUGCUUACGUGUUACUACAGUAUCAGUGCUUUGGUUUGCUUACGGACGCGUGUUGUUGCCGUGUAGAUUCAGCUGAGCUGAGUUGAAUGAGUUUUAAAUUCUGAUUCAAUGUCAGACGGGGUCGAGAAGAUUGCACUGUUUGUGUCACGACUGCAACCGAGAAUGUCACACACACACACACACACACACACACACACACACUCACACAAACCCACCUACACUUAUGCACAGGCGUGCACCAACACACACACACACACAAACACAAAACCCCUUAAAGGAGGAAUCACUUGUUUUUUCUUACCUUUUCCGGUGAAGCAUUGAAUCAUUUCGUUUAUACAACUGUAAAUAAAAUAUACUUGCAUCGCCAAGUCCAACCACACUUGUGAUUUUAUUGUUUUAGGCCUGCAACUACUUAUGAAUCCAUAUUUUUUAUUUCAUUUCUAAAUGUAUUAUUUGUACAACCAACAGUAAAAAGAUGUUCCAUUUACAGUGAUAAAAACAGGAAAGAAUCAUCAGCAUCUUGGCUCAAUAAAUGAUUUAAUUGUUAACUGAU